GUCCCCGAGGAAGGAAGAGCCGCGGAGCCGCGCGGGAGCGAGUCGGGGGAAAGCCCGUGGGCUCGCGCGCGUCGCAGCCGUGGCUUUGGGUUUUCAGGACCGGGAAGAAUUAGCAGCAUCUCAAGCUCAACAGAUGCUUCUCUGAGGAAGUUUUCUUCAUGGCCACCAGAGUGGGAGUCCCUCUUUCUACUCAUAGCUUCCAGGAAAUCCUUUGGAGAUGUUUCCAAGAUGUAGAACCCUUGUAUGUGAAGUACACCAAAUGAAGCUGGAGCAUCCACAUUGAAAUUACUUCAUGUUGUGAUUGUUUCAGCGGCUUCAGAUAUAGUUCAUGAGGUCUAGCGCUGCGAGAUGUGUUUUGUUCGUAUCAUUUCUCCGCAAGCCAAUUCCUAAGGAAUUGAAGAGCGCCCUGGAAGCUGCUUCAUGAACUGCUUGGGCUUCUAAAGUGCCCAGUGGAGUUUUAAUCAUAUAAGCCUUGAAAAAGGGUCACGCGAAGCAGCCCAGAGCCAAAAGCUGAAAGUGGCCACCAUCAGCAUGAGGACCCCAGCAAGUCAAACUCGUGAGAUGAGCAAAACAGAACGCAGCUUUCAAGGUCCAUUUGAAGCAGUUGGCUCGUGGGAAUCUGAGAGAUGCCGCCCGUGACGUGUUGGAAUUAUCAUGAUCAACUACCCAGUUUGGAUUUCUCCCAGUGGCCCAGAGAUUUGCAUGGUAGACAGCAAGGGUCGGAUCUUUAAAAAGAGUAAACCAGGCCCGUGACCGAGCUGCCGAGCAAGAGGGGGAGUCAUGCUUCACACGGCCAUGCCAUGCUGGCAGCCGUUCCUGGGUCUGGCCGUGGCCUUGGUCUUCAUGGGGCCCACCCUCGGCUGCCCUGCUCGCUGCGAGUGCUCUGCCCAGAACAAGUCCGUCAGCUGCCACAGGAGGCGACUGGUCGCCAUCCCCGAGGGCAUUCCCAUCGAGACCAAAAUCUUGGACCUCAGCAAGAACAGGCUGAAAAGCAUCAACCCGGAGGAAUUCGUGUCAUACCCUCUGCUGGAGGAGAUAGACCUGAGUGACAACAUCAUCGCCAAUGUGGAGCCAGGCGCGUUUAACAACCUCUUCAACCUGCGCUCCCUCCGCCUGAAAGGCAACCGCCUGAAGUUGGUCCCCUUGGGGGUGUUCGCGGGGCUGUCCAACCUCACCAAGCUUGACAUUAGUGAGAAUAAGAUUGUCAUCUUACUGGACUACAUGUUCCAGGAUCUGCAUAGCCUGAAGUCUCUGGAAGUGGGGGACAAUGACCUGGUUUAUAUAUCACACAGGGCCUUCAGUGGGCUGCUCAGCUUGGAGCAGCUCACCCUGGAGAAAUGCAACCUAACAGCAGUACCAACAGAAGCCCUCUCCCACCUCCGCAGCCUCCUGAGCCUGCACCUGAAGCAUCUCAAUAUCAACACUAUGCCUGUGUAUGCCUUUAAAAGAUUGUUCCACCUGAAACACCUAGAGAUUGACUAUUGGCCUCUCCUGGACAUGAUGCCUGCCAAUAGCCUCUACGGUCUCAACCUCACCUCUCUCUCAAUCACCAACACCAACCUGUCCACAGUACCCUUCCUUGCCUUUAAACACCUGGUCUAUCUCACCCACCUGAACCUCUCCUACAACCCCAUCAGCACUGUUGAAGCAGGGAUGUUCUCUGACCUGAUCCGCCUUCAGGAGCUUCAUAUAGUGGGGGCCCAGCUCCGCACCAUUGAGCCUCACUCCUUCCAAGGGCUCCACUUCCUUCGCGUGCUCAAUGUGUCUCAGAACCUACUGGAAACUUUGGAAGAGAAUGUCUUCUCCUCCCCUAGGGCUUUGGAGGUCCUGAGCAUUAACAACAACCCACUGGCCUGCGACUGCCGUCUCCUCUGGAUCCUGCAGCGGCACCCCACUCUGGAGUUUGGUGGCCAGCAGCCCAUGUGCGCUGGCCCCGACACCAUCCGCGAGAGGUCAUUCAAGGAUUUCCAUAGCACUGCCCUUUCUUUUUACUUUACCUGCAAAAAACCUAAAAUCCGUGAAAAGAAGUUGCAACAUCUGCUGGUGGACGAAGGGCAGACGGUCCAGCUAGAAUGCAACGCUGACGGGGACCCUCAGCCUGUGAUUUCCUGGGUGACACCUCGAAGGCGUUUCAUCACCACCAAGUCCAAUGGAAGAGCCACCGUGUUGGGUGACGGCACCUUGGAAAUCCGCUUUGCCCAGGAUCAAGACAGUGGGAUGUAUGUUUGCAUUGCCAGCAACGCUGCUGGGAACGACACCUUCACAGCCUCCCUCACUGUGAAAGGCUUCACCUCAGACCGCUUCCUCUAUGCCAACAGGACCCCUAUGUACAUGACCGACUCCAACGACACCAUUUCCAAUGGCACCAACGCCAACACUUUCUCCCUGGACCUUAAAACAAUACUGGUGUCUACAGCCAUGGGCUGUUUCACAUUCCUGGGAGUGGUUUUAUUUUGUUUCCUCCUCCUCUUUGUGUGGAGCCGAGGGAAAGGCAAGCACAAAAACAGCAUUGACCUUGAGUACGUGCCCCGGAAAAACAAUGGUGCUGUUGUGGAAGGGGAGGUGGCUGGACCCAGGAGGUUCAACAUGAAAAUGAUUUGAGGGUCUACCACUCACCCUUGCAUCUGUGUCAUCGUCGGUAACCGGUAGGACAACCUGGCACAGUCAUCACUAGCUUAGUGCAGCUGCCCCUGUGUCAAAGCAGGGCCUGGGAAGCAGGACGACUGCUUCUUGGAGACUCUCCACCUAGAGGCAGGCGGGCGUGUGUCAAAGCCCUUCACACAGUGGGAUACUAAUUGUUUGCAUUGCAAAUAUUGGCAUUCUGGGGAUCUCAGUAAGGAACCUGAACCUUUGGCUCAUGCUCAUGGAUGGUUAUUCAACAUUUUCUACCACUGCAGAAACAAACGAAGAAAUUAAAAGGAACAACCUACAAUGUAGGAUUUACAUAUUAAAAAGACACAUUUGUCUAAAUAUACUCUACAGAAAAAUUUGUAUCUAUGAUUACCCCUUAUUAAACCCUUGCAUCAUACCAUACUGUUGGUUCGACACCACAAAGAAAUCAAUAUAUUCUUUACUCUUCCUUUUUUUUUUUGAAACAUAUAUGCUGUCUAUGUUUUAAAGCAAUAUGAAUGAGAGGUUAUGCUUUGAGUUACCACUAUAGAUCCAAGUGUGAUUUCACCUUCCUUUACAUACAGGUAGCCCUGAGGCUAGAUCCCCGGAGCUGUGGGCGGGCGGAGACAUGUUGAAAGAUGCAUUUGUCCCAUGCAGGACCAGCCAAGAAACAGGACCCCAGGCAAAACUGCUCAACUCUGUUAACUUCUGUUACUAUAAAUAAAGGCAUGUGCCUAGUUUUGAUACAGAAUGGAAUAUUUUUUAUACUUGUGAUCUCACACUGGACCAGUUUACUGUAACAAAGCCCUUGGUUUCUCCAGAAGGUGGUAGACCACUAGUUGUACCUGUAAAAUGCAAGGUAGGUGGUAAGAAUGAAAAUGACCCAUUGAAAGACAACUUGAUUUUACUUCUAUCAGUUGCUACUAAUGGGUUAAUAGAAGAUGAAAGGGGAUGUGAUUGUUAUAUAGUAUACUCAUGGGGUAAUAGUCGCCUCGUAGCUAAGGUCAAGAAUUCAGAUGUUCAAAAGCUCUCUGGAUAGAGUUCUUCUCAGAUGCCAGCACCAACCAGGGUGACCCAUGCAUAACAUGAUGUUAAUAAGAAUCUGUUGAAAACGAUGGUAGCUGUCUGAAGACUGGAUUGUUGCCAAAGGAAACAUCUAGGCACCCUGAUGAUGUCUAUUCAAGUACUCGAGACAAAAUACUACUUUGAAUGGGCAACGUCAGGGUUUGUCCCUCCUUCCUUCCUAAGUAGAUAAUUGGUUUUUAUUUUGAAAAGUAUCCUGUGUAGACCAAGAGGAAUCUGUCGUGUUUUUAAAGAUGUGAGGAAAAGGUGGAUUAAAAAGUACUUAUCAAAUUUUUUCCUCAAAUUAGGAAAAAUUAAGAUAAUACCCCUAUAGAUAUGUUAAAUUGUGCUGGCACUUUUACCCCACUAACCCAAGGAUAUUGCCUAUUCAAUUUGUAUUAAUGAUUGUUACUCAAAGUUAAAAUAUUGUAGUUUUUUGCAUGUGUGUUGUUUUUUUUUAAUGGUAUCAUGCCAUUGCCACUAGUGAUCUGGUUCAAAGCAGUUAUAAUUCCAUUUGGCUAAAUGUUGAGUGAAUGGGUUUUCAAAGCAUAUAUUUAUAUGACCUGAGAAAGCAUUGGAUAUAGAGUGGAUUCAUGAAUGGGAUAUAUUUAAUCACAGAACAGAGAAGAAAUUUCUACACUGUGCACAUUUUGAGAGAGACUUGAAAUGAGCCCCUUCUGGAUAGCAUAAAGCUGGAAUUCAAGGUUUGCUUCUCCACAUAUCAGAGAGGGGUUUGACUUUCAAGAAGCUCGCAUUUGUUUUUGUAUUUAAAAUCUUGAGUAACUUCAGUAAAAUAAAUUGCCCCAAUAAAAAAGCAACAGGUCCAGAAAUUGUCUUGCCAAUUGGAUAGCAGCCUGACCACACCCAUCUCUCCCCUAAAUAAAGGGUGGACUAUAAGAUAAAGACUGAAGAACUGCAUGUCUGAGUCAUUUUUCAUUUGACUUUCCUGAUGAUUGUCACAGAUCUUUUAGAAAUUAAUUCCAAUUGUGGCAAUUACCUUAUUUAUAUCUAACAAUACAAAUCAAGACCUGUUGUAAACUCUAGCAAAACUCCAACUGUGUGCAAAUGGAAUGGGUCUUUCAAAUUAAAAACAGCAACACAAAACAACGGUAAAGUAGAGAGAUAGUCUUCCAAAAGUUAAUAGGAAAUACUUUAUCUUAGUUUUGCAAUAUUGUGUGGAGCAAGUACUUAACUAAUUGUCCAACAACAGCAACAACAACAAAAAAGAGAGAAACACUGAGCAGUUAAUAAAAGGGCUUUGUAAGUUAACUGCUGUUUUCUGUCAAAAUGGACCAAAAGUCAUGUAGGAAAUUGGAUUAAAGUUAACCCACCUAUGAAAAGAUUUAGUUAAAAAAAGCUAGUUACUCCGUUGGGAGAAGAGAGAUUAUAUUCUCUUAGGGGUUUCUAUACUCUGAUUCACGGGAAAAUCGUUACUAAGAUAUUAAUAACCAUUCUUCCAAAAAAGAAUCUCAUAGACUAGUAAGUUGGAAAAUGCUGCAUUCUACAAUCACCUCUUGGAAGUUCAAAAUCUACGUGAGCCUAAUGAAUCCUCUGAAAAUCCCUGUAAACAAGAAUUCUGUUUACUAUUGUUUGUUUUGGGUUUUCUCUAACUUAUUUGAGCAUGAAGCAAUUCUUUUCACAUUGUUAACUGUUAUCUGGAAAAACGAGUUGCGCAGAACCCAGUGUGGUCAAUGUUAGACUAAAGUGGUACUCUUCUGAAAUAUUCUUAAACCCCAUGUUCCUAAUAAAAGAAAAAGUACG